AAAGCUGUAAAUGUUGAACUUCCACCUCUCCUGGGACUGUGGAUGGAACGAGGUCAUGAACUCAUUACCGAGAAUCUUGAAUCAUCUAGUAGACAACCCAGAGCAAAGGGAAGAAAAAGCAGAAGUAAAGUUGGUCAUCUUAAGUCAGAUGUGUUUUCCUCCGAGCUCUGUAAGUUGGCUAAGUUAAUGGAAAGCAAACAAGAAAGCCCAGUAGCCACUGACAAGCUCAAAUUAAGGUCCAGCAAGUCUUAUGAAAGUCCCAUGCAUUCUAGAACUUCCACGCCAUACCAUGAAAAGCUCAUAAACACUAAAGGCAAGCGAAAGAGUUUGAAUGCUAGCAAUGAACUAUGGGGGCAGGAUGAAUGGUUCGAGGAUGAGGUGUUUCUACGUCAGGCUACCCAAAUUGAACAUGAUGUGUGCUCUCAGAUUUGUAACGAAGAAAAAAGUAAUGGAAAUGACACAAAAAUUAAUAAAUCAACUGUAAGACAGCCACAACAGCCUAAAACAGAUUCCUUUUUUCCCAGCUACAAGACGCCAGUUACACGAAAAAUGAAAAAUGAUAAGCUUAAGCCCCCUGCUGCUAAGAACAUGUUUACAGGGGAUAAUUAUGCAAACAAGACUGAAAAGAAACAGAUUUGCAUUGUUCCAACUGUCCCUCUAAAGCCAAGACAACUCCACGGCACGUUUCAGAACUCAGUGCGAAUUGAAUCAGAAAACAUUGACUUGAAUCCAAAUAAUGAUGCACUCGCGCCUGUUGAUACAGAUGAGAUCUGGGAUGACCUGGAUGACGAUGAACUGGUCGGUUUAGAAUCGGUACUUGAUACCGUUUCUUUUACACCAAAGAUAUUAAAGAAACCUGAUUGUCAGAGACCAUCAUCUCGUAAUUGUUUUAGAAUGACCAAGUCUAGCGCCCAGGUGGAUACAAAAAUAACAGAUGGUGGUUUGCACAUGCAAUUAGCGUUCAAAAAAAUCUGCUCACCGAUUACAAGAUCAAUGACACGAGAUCAGAUCCAUAAAUUCAGGGGUCAAGACAGUGAAUCGACCAAUGAUACCACAGCUACAAAUAACAAUCAACAUUACAGUCAAGAGCAGAUAGAAAAAAAACGUCAGCUUGCCAUACAGCGACGUAAAGAACGAACUCAACAGGUACUCAAAUCUACAAGAAAUACUACAAGCUCUAAGCAAAUCAGUCGAAGAUAACCAUUAUAUUAGCUUUUUUCAUAGCUUGAUAACUAUUAUCUUUUAUAUUUUUUAUUUUUUCAUAUGCAAAAUUUGAUAUACAAUUCAUACCUAUUUUAUGCUUUUUUAUAUUGAAUGAUUUCUACAGAUUAUUAUCACCUGCAAAUAUAAACAUAAUU